UUAUAAUGGACCAAAAACUUAGUAAUAAGAUUGAACCCAAGUCCUAUCAGCAUCAGAUACCAAAGUUUGCAGAUUUAGUUAUAAAUCACGAUGCUAAAGAAGAUAAUAAGUGUACUAUACAUGAUUCUCCCAAAUUCCCUCCCGAAUCUUACCCUCAAUUUGAAAAGAUCGAGGAUUUUAGCGAUAAAAAGUUAGCUACCUUUCCCGAUCUUGACUCAAAAGAGAAGAACGAAGCCCUUAAAGAGUGUAAGCAGAUAUAGCUUCUAUAAAAGGAGAAUUAAUCCAGGUCAGCUUUGACCAGCUGCCACAAGACUUAGACCAGAGGCAAGAAGGUCUCCAAGAAGCUAAACAGAAGAUUGAAGCCAAUGAGAAAAUAUUGAAGAAAGAAAUAGAAGAGACCAGCUGAAUUGUUAAAAUGCAAGCAAAGAUCUUACAAAAUCUUGACCAAAAUAUUUACAAUGAAGAAGACAUAAAGAAGGUUGAUGAGCUUGAAGCCAGAGAAGAACAAUUGAAGCACCAGAUUCAAUCUUCCUGAAAUGUAGUAGAGCUUGGCUCCAUUGCCAAUGGUUUGAUUGACAUGAACAAAGAAACAAUUGAAGAAUAUAAAAAAGCUUCAAAUGUUGCAAAAGAGAAAUUGAACCAUGUGGCAGGUUGUAUUAACCACUGAGAGGCAAAGCUUACAAAGAGUCUAUCAAAUACAGAUUAUUUAAAAACUCAAAGAUUGCUAUCAGUUUCAGCUAAGAAAACAAUUAGAGCUCCUAAACAUCUAGAAAUCCCAGACUUUCCAGUCCUAGAUCAUAUAAAUGAUCAGGAGAACAAUCAGAUAUUGACCAGUCUGAAGAGUAUCAUUGGAAAUAAAAAUAAGAACAAUCUUUCAUCCAUAAAGAAUGAUUUUGAAUUGACCAGAGAUCCAGAAUAUUUCAGUCUUGAUGAUUACCAACCAAAGGAGGAAUCUAAGCAGGAUCUUGCAUCAUCAAGCGAGGGAUUUAGCUCUUUCCCCAUAUCUAACUCAGAAGAAGCCAUGAAAAGCAAUGCCAAACUCCAGUUCAACAAUGAAGAAAUAGAGGAUUUGCAGGAUCUUUGAAAGAAUUUUUCAGAAUUGAUAUCACAAUUUGUGAAGGAUAGAGAUUCAAUAAACUUUGAGAAGCCUUAUCUGAUGCCUAAAGAAGAGUCCAAAAAAGAAAGCAAGAAUAUGAUCACAUUGGAACUCCCAAAGUCAAUACCUUGAUCGGAAUUUAUCAAAAUAAUACAAUGUAUAAGCGAGAUCUUACCUACAAUAUCAAAAUAUGAAAAGUUUCAUGACCAAGUGCAGGAAAUGGAGAGAAGGAUGGAAAGGAUGAAAAAUAAGAGGAUGCAUCAUAAGAACUCUUUUUGGCCGGGAUUUGGAGGUGGCAGAAGAUGAAGAGAAGGAAGGCUGCAAUGACUUGAAGAAAACUAUCAAUAUACGUGAAAAAAAGAGCGAGAUAUAUACAAUGAUUUGGUUCAAAAAAUUAAAACCUUGGAAUUACUCCUUUCUUCGCUCAAAAUUCCAGAAGAGGGAUUAAAAGACAUUCUUGUUGCUAUUGAGGAAACUUCUUCCAUUUCAGAGUUUCAGCUAGAACAAGUUGAAAAUAUUAUCAAAAGAAUUGAAGCAUGAUUCCAAGAUAGAACAAAGGAAAUUAUCUCUGAUAACCAAAACAUGGAGAUGGCUCUAGAAAAUAUAUUCCAGAGUGAAAUGUAUUCAAAACAACACUUAGAUGCGAUACAAAAGCAAAUGGUCACUUUUGUAAAGAAAAUUACAACAUUAAAAAACACCAAAGAAAAAGAUAAAUCGUCUUAUAUGAGUCUUCAUAAAGAAUAUGAUGAUCUCUAUAAGAAAUCGGCUCACCUUAAGGAAGAAUAUAAAGAACUAAGUCUAAAAUUUGAACAAAAAGAAACUGAAUGAGACAAAAUAUCAGCAGAUUUCAUCCAAUACAUCGAAAAAUCUACAAAUUUCAAGAAAAAUAACCAAAAAUCAAUCUCAAAAUUCCUCAAAGAUACUAAAACCUUAGCACAUGACCACAACUCCAAAACCACCACAUAUCACCAACUGACCAAUAAAGCCAACAAUACAAACUGUUCUAUAAUCCAGUCUCUAAAAGCUAAUAUUAACGUUCAAAUGCAAAGAAAAAAUGACAUCUUAAAAGAAGCAACUCAAAUUCUAAGCACCAUUAGUUCUGAUCUUAGCACCAAAUCUCAUAACAUAGCCCUCGCACAAGACAGCAUCACUUCCAAAUUAACCAAUGAAACCCAAUCAAAAUCUUUAGAAAUAAACUCUUUGAUUCAAACCCACAAAAAACUUGCGGAACAGACCUCCAUACUUCAGACUGAAGUGUCUUCCUUCAACGAUCACAUCAGGAGCGAAUACUGGAAUGCCUGAAGAGCCAACUACAAAACUUUUUGCGAGGCAAAUGCCAAACUGCUAAUUCUUCAUCAUAUCAGACAAGGCCACACUCAAGACUGAGAAGGUCUAAAAGAGCAUCAUAAAGACCUUGAGGCCAGGGAAAAGCAACAAAAAGAGCAUAGCUUUAAGGAGGUUGACUAUUUUGGAGCAAAGAUAGUGAUUAAGGAAGUUAAUGAAAUUGCAGAUGAGAGUGCAAGUGCGCUAAUACUUCCUGUAAAUGAAAGAUUAAGCUUAAACCAUUUGCCGAAAGAGUUCAGUACUGCGAUAGCGAGUGGGGGUGAAGAGCUGAUCAAAGCUUGCAAAGUUUAUAUACAGCAGCACGCCAACUUGAAAAUGGGAGAUGCAGUUAUGCUUCCAUCUGGUAACUUGAUGUUCGAUAAAGUCAUUGCUUCUUAUUGUCCUAAUCAUGAAGAAGAAGCUGGUCAGACUAGAUCUGUAUAUUUUUUAAGAAAAACUAUUGAGAGAGUGCUUGAUUUAUCAAUAAUACACCAAUUAAGAUCCAUAAUAAUCCCCUCGUUCUGUUCAGAAGAGUCUAAAUUCCCACCUGACUUAUAUUCAACCAUUGUGGUCAAGACUGUGAAGGACUACAUCAAAGUCCAUAGAAGAAAGAUGGAAGACAAAAGAAUCACAAUAUGCUAUUUCCACUUUAGAGAUGAACACUAUUUUGCAGAUGUCAUUGACAAAGAAGACCUUGAGUUUCCAGUUGCAGAUUCCGACCAAAAGUUUUAUACAACUCAGGAGGAAGAAAUUAUAGGAAAGUUUAAAGCAGAAAUAGAGCAGAAGGACAAAGAUAUUGAUAAAGCAAAGUCUAUAUUUGUUAGAAAACAACAAAAGCAUGCGGAUCAAAUCCUGGAUUUAAAAAGAGAAGCGAAUGCUUAUAAAGCAGAAAUCAGAGAACUAAAACCUCAAAUAGAAGACCUAAAUGAAAUUCUUAAAGAGACUAACAGAAAAGUUGAGAAGAAUAGAAAGAAAAUUUCUAGGAAAGAAAGAACCAUCGAAAGCCUGCAAUAUGAAAAUGCUGAUCUUCAAAAAGAGAAUGAAGAUCUUCUGAAGAAAUAUAAAAACAUUAAGAAAGAGUGUAAAGCUCUUAAGGCUAUACCUCGUGCUCCAAGAGUGCCAAAGAAAGCGAGAAAGCUCCAGAUAGAAGAAAAGAAGGAAAUUGAAGAUUCAGAGACAGAGAGCAAUGUGACAGAGUUUAUAUUACAAGAAGCUGGAAGGCAUGUAGUCGAAGAUAGCGAUAGUAGUAGUGAUGCAGAUUUGGAAGGAGGUCAAAGAGAGACACAAAGUCCAGGAAAGUUUUAAAGUGCCUCAAGAGAAAAAUAACAUAUUCAACUAAAAUCCCCAAUAUUCCUUCUCCCCAAUCUAUAUUUUAU